GAGGAGGCUAGCCAGGAGGAGAUGGCGACUCGCUUUGAGAGGGAGAAGACGGAGAGCAUGCUGGUGGUCACGGCGGAGGACGAGGAAUGUGUUCCCUCCAGAGACAUCUCCCGACACUUUGAGACCCCAUACGGCUACAAGGACUUCUCCAGGAGGGGGGAGCAUGUGCCCACAUUCAGAGUGCAGGACUACAGUUGGGAGGAUCACGGUUUCUCUCUGGUCAACAGACUGUACCCGGAUGUUGGUCAGAUGCUGGACGAGAAGUUCCAGAUGGCCUACAAUCUGACCUACAACACCAUGGCAACACAUAAGGAUGUGGACACCAGCAUGCUGCGCAGGGCCAUCUGGAACUACAUCCACUGCAUGUUUGGCAUCAGGUAUGAUGACUAUGAUUACGAGAUUAACCAGCUUCUGGACCGUAGCUUUAAGAUCUAUAUUAAGACCAUGGUGUGUAGUCCUGAGAAGACCACCAAACGAAUGUAUGAGAGCUUCUGGAGGCAGUUUCAGCACUCCGAGAAGGUCCACGUUAAUCUGCUUCUAAUGGAAGCGCGAAUGCAGGCAGAACUGUUAUACGCUCUGAGAGCGAUCACCCGCUACAUGACAUGAAGUGCUUUUGGCGUUUUUAUCGUUGUCUUUUUACUGUCAUUGUUGUUGCUCACUAUGGGACACUUCAAAGAGAAGAGAGGAAGGUGAAAAAAAAAAAAAAAAAAGGAAAAUCAAAGGGGGCGGGGGGUGGGUGACGGGGAUACAACAAAAAUGUGCAAGAGAGAUGAGAUGGCCUGGGUUUUGACGGUGCUUGUCGGAUGGAUGUUGAGAAGAGGAUCAGAACAAAUGAAGAAAAAAAAGAAAAAAAAGAGAGAAAUGUUGAAGAAAGUCAUCUCAAACUACAAGUGGAUACUCCACAGAUUGUGUUGCCUGCAGUGCCAAAACUGUCCAUGAGAGGGCAGCCUGGAGCAAACUACUGCGCUGCUGGGGAGUUUGUGUCCGGCCUGAGCACUGAUACCAGAGGCAUCCAGGUCGACAGUUCAGUAUUCCAGCAUGCAACACGUUUGUUGCCAAUCUCUUUGGCCCCCUGGCAGAGUGAAGACUCACAAAAACCACCCAGAAAGCUAUGCAGCCAGAAACAGUCUGCAUUUUGAUUCUGUUGUCACUGUUAUAUUUGUUUAGUUUCUUUAUUUUUUAAGGGAAGAGGAUGUUGUUGUCGAUGUGGUUGCUGUUAGUAGUAACUGGAGAUGGAAUCAUUAACUUUGGGCAGUGUUUUUUUGUUUGUUUGUUUUUUUUUACGUGUGCCUGAACUAUCCAGCACAGUGUGCGUGAUGUGCUGAUGCUGCUGCUCCAAUGUUGUAUCCAGCGGGGUCAUAUUGAUCCCUAAAUCACCCACCCCAACCCCAUUACGUCCCCCUAAGCCCCUAUCCAUUUGAAAUCCAUUGCAUUACCCCCCUCCCACUUGUCCUCUACCCCCUAUCCCAAAUCUCAAACGUCAAUGUAAGCUAAUCCAAGGAGUGUGUGGAAAUUGGAGAGAUGUGGAAAGAAACUCAAAGAACACUGAGCCCUUUUUGAGUUUGACUGUACACGUGUGGAUGAGUUGACUGAGGUGUGUGUGUGUGUGUGUUUCACAGAAAUGACGGAGGGGAAAAAAGUCUUCUUUGAAUUUCAUGUGUCAAAAAAAGCGAGGCACUUUGAAGGGAAGACUUCUUGCUUCUGCUGUAGCUCUGUUAUUGUGAGGUAACUGUUUAUCAUUUAUUGUUGAGGAUGUCUUUAUUUUCCUGGGGAGAAAAAAAGCUAAUAAAAAAAGAAAGUUGGAAACCAGGUUUUCCAGGAGGGAUUUGCUUCCGGUUGCCCUAACCACACCUUUUCUGUCUUCCGCUUAUCCCAGCUGCCUGGUCACCCUAACACUUUCAAAGCUUUGGAUUGUGAAUUUUACCAGUAAUGAAUACCUCUUCUGUUUUUCUCUUGAAAACAUAUAAGAAGUGCUCUUUGGUGAGCAGAGACUCUUUCUGGGCUGCCAUGUUCCCAUUUCUCUGGGACCUGGCUAGCCCACACAGGGCCGACUGCGGUUGACAGUUGUCAAACGCAAAAGGUUGUAGCUGUGCUUAUAUCCCUGCUGGGGAAGUCUAACCAGCGCAAAAGCCGCUUUUGUGUUUUUGUUGUUUUAAAAAAAAAAAAAAAAGUUUUGUUUUUUUGUUUACUAAAACCAGUUGUGUACUGCAUUCUUCUGAGGGUGGAUUGAGAGAAUAAGACAGAUGAAUGAGUGAUACCUGGAGGAGGGAGGUGGUGAUGAUGAUGAUAAAAGAAUGGUACAUUUGGAAGUGAUUUGAGAGAAAGUGGAGAUUUUUUUUUCCAAACUUCUGACUGAUGUCAGUUACUGACACUUUUUUUUAUAUGAAAAUAUAUAUAUAUAAAAAAAAAAGACGAGAAAUAAACUAUCAUAUUGAAUUGUUGUGUAUCAUUCGUAGUUUUCUCCUAAACAAUUUGAAUGCAUUGCUUCAUCAAAGAAAUUGUACUCAAUUUGGAGAGGCCUACACAAUUCAUCAACGGUCACUGCACAAUCAGUAUCACCAUCGGCUCACUUCCACUGCUCAGUUGCACAAGUAUAACCCAUGGUAAUUAGUAAGCAUAUUUGAAUGCUGCUAUGCAAAAGGUGACUCAUGAAAAGACAUGGAGUGUUUAUUCAAUCACCUUAUGUUCCAAAGUACUCUCAGCUCUUUGAUAAUAAAGCUGACUUCAUCAACAGUAAGCUGAACUCAGGGGAACAGUUCAGUUUGUCAUCAGUACGGUCCAUGGACUUUCAUGUGAAUUUCAUUUUACUGUACAAGCUUGAGAUCUGUAUGACUCAGGGAACCAAAUAAUGGUCCCUGUUCCUGUGGUGCGUUCAAGGUCAAGGUUUCUCUUUGCUCCCGACCUACAUUUGGCUCGAGAUAAGGGGGGAUUCCUUGUAGGACACCAUACCUCUCUUUCCUGUUUGCCCCCAUGCCACUCCUCCCUGGGAAAAUCCUUGACUUCCCCGGUGAGGCUGGUAAUCCUCAAAAAAAAAACUUCAGGGUGUUUUCCACAGAGGCCAAUCUGUCAAUUCUCAAUUGCCAGGAGAAACCCUCCACCACACUGCCUUCACAUUUUGGUGGCUUUCCCAGACAAUACUUGGGAUAGGAAACAUUUACUAAGCAACCUUCAAUAUCAGCCAGCCAACUGUCUUUCAUAUCAACCUGAUAAAUUCUAUGUAGAGAACAAUGUUUGUUAUUAGCACUGGCCAAUGCGUUGUUUAGGGGUUUUUGAAACAUCAGCUUGUCUUGUGGUUGUUUUAAGGUCACUAUUGUGUGAAAACUGGGAGAACUGACACCGCGGUUCCUGAUUUGUUUCAAUGUAAUAACGAUGUGUUUUUGAAAUGCUGUACUUUAGGCUACUUGCUGUAACUUGUAAGCCAUGCCUGGCCCCAUAUAUGUGUAACAAUAAAGGCUUUGAGAAGCAAAA